GGUCCGCGAGGUGUCAGGGUAAAGCGGUCAGGGGCCGCUGGGUCAGGUGUCUCGGGUCUGACUUUGCACAGUCAGUUCUAUGUGGGAAGAGGUUGUCAGGACUGUGUCUUGCCAGACGCUUGGCACGUUGGAAAGUGCCGCUCCCGGUCAGGAAAUGUCAACAACCGCGUCUUGAAGAGCUCUUGCCGCGGGCGAUCUCGGGGCAGCCGCAGGCCGCGUGCUGUCGGGAGUCAGGUGCUCGCAUUGUCCCGAUUCCACAACCUCAGUGCCUUGCCUAGCCCCUCCCCUCCCGUAACUGGCGGACCAGGACUUCAGCCCGGCCAGUGAAGGGGCCCUGCCUCCGGACGUAUUACAGGGGACCAAAGGAAGUAGGCUUCCUCUCCUCCCAGCAUCGCUAAAGCCUUUUCUCUUUCGACAGCUUUUCUUUGAAAAGAAAGUGGGUUCUUCAGCUUGUUGCAACUGUUAUAGGAUGCAGUCUUGUGGGCACAGAGAUGCCUGUUUAACUGUUAUUAUUUCAUAUGAAGAAGAUCUUCAAAGUUUUUCAAGAUCUAGGAGGAGGAGAAGGCUUGAAUUAUAAUGGACCCAGUAUAUCGAGACAUUUAUUCAUUUCAACAACGUUGCAUGCUCAACUGAAUGAGGAGACAGUGUCGUUCUGGGCUGCUUCAUCUUAGAGAAUCACCGUUUAUUCUGGUCCUCAACACCAGCUGAGACCAUGUGGACCGCAAAUGAGAUUGCUCAACUGUGCUACGAGCACUAUGGGAUCAGGCUGCCUAAACAAGGGAAACCGGAGCCAAACCAUGAGUGGACGUUAUUGGCAGCUGUGGUAAAGAUACACUCUCCAGCUGUCCAGGCCUGUGACCCUCCUGAUAAGCUAGUGCAAGUGACAAAGGAAGUUGUCUCAAUGGGAACUGGAACAAAAUGCAUAGGCCAGUCCAAAAUGAGGAAGAGCGGAGAUGUCCUCAAUGAUAGCCAUGCUGAAGUCAUAGCCAGGAGGAGUUUCCAAAGGUACCUUCUCCAUCAGCUACAGUUGGCAGCCACCCUGAAAGAGGAUAGCAUCUUUGUCCCAGGAACACAAAGAGGAAUGUGGAAACUCAGACCAGACCUCCUCUUUGUGUUUUUCUCCAGCCAUACACCCUGUGGGGAUGCCUCAAUCAUUCCAAUGCUUGAGUUUGAAGAUCAACCUUGCUGUAUCGUCAGCAGAGAUUGGGCCACCAACCCAUCAGUAGAAGCCAGUGGUAACUUGGAAGCUCCUGAAAAUAAAAAGAAUUGUGAAGACCCUGACAGUCCUGUAACCAAAAGGAUGAGGCUUGAGCUCGAAACUCCUACCAGGGAGGUUGCCAAUGGUGCAGCUCACCAUCAGAGUUUUGACAAGCAGGAAAGUGGUCUAAUCCUACCAAGUGUCAGCAGCUCAAUCCUUACUGUAGAGGAACUGGCCUCUCUCACCACAGUAGCCAUCAAUGGUGCCAAAGCAGUGGACGUUCAUAGAACUGGAGCCAAGUGUGUGCCUGGAGAAGCUGGAGACUCAAGAAAGCCUGGUGCUGCAUAUCACCAGGUGGGGCUGCUCCGAGUGAAGCCAGGUCGGGGAGACAGGACUCACUCCAUGUCCUGCAGUGACAAGCUGGCCCGAUGGAAUGUCCUUGGAUGCCAAGGGGCACUGUUGAUGCACUUCCUGGAAGAGCCCAUCUACCUGACAGCUGUAGUCAUUGGGAAGUGUCCAUACAGCCAGGAAGCCAUGCAGAGAGCACUGAUUGAGAGGUGUCAGAAUGUAUCAACUUUACCCAAAGGCUUUGGAGUUCAAGAACUAAAAAUACAGCAGUCAGAUUUACCAUUUGAACACAGCCGUUGUGCAGUGCAGGCAAAAAGGGCUGACAGCUCGGGCCGACUUGUUCCUUGUGGGGCAGCCAUCAGCUGGAGUGCAGUCCCUGAGCAGCCACUAGAUGUUACUGCUAAUGGCUUUCCCCAGGGAACAACAAAGAAAGGAAUUGGAAGCCUUCAGGCAAGAUCCCGAAUCAGCAAGGUGGAACUCUUUAGAUCAUUCCAGAAGUUGCUAAGCAGUAUUGCAGAGGACAAGUGGCCAGACUCCCUCAGGGUGCAGAAGCUGACUACCUACUGGGAGUACAAGGAGGCGGCCUCUGCUUACCAGGAAGCCUGGAGCGCACUCCGGAAGCAGGCGUUUGCAUCCUGGAUCAGAAACCCACCGGAUUAUCACCAGUUUAAGUGAAAAGGAAAAGUUUUCAAAUUGUUUGCUGGUAACCAGAUCCUUCAUAUUGAACCGCCUUCUUCCUUAAUUGCUACACAAGUCUUAGGCUAAAUUGGGGGGUGGAAAAAGCCUUCUCAGCACUCCAUCUCUUUUGUGUAAUAUAGAUGGGAUCUGGACCCAGAGCGAUCUAUACUUGAUUGAAGUAGCUUUCUACUAAAGUGCUGUCUCACUAAUGACCUUAGCGUCUGACUUCAGUUGUGUUUUAUUGCUCCUCUGAAAUAAUGAGAUUAGAGAUUGGAACAUGAUGCUUUAAAAGUACUCUGCAGCAGCUUUGUUUUAUGUGUUCCUACGUUGAUUCAGCAAAUAUUUAUUGAGCUGAAAUGAUGUUUAAUCUCUGCAAGCUGUACAGCUUCACUGGGAUAGUGAACAUAUACUUGUAUUCCCAGCCUUGCUUCCCUUGGGGAGCCAACCUUUUUCCAUUCUUGGGUGAUUCUGCUCUACCCAUCGAACUUGGUUGAAGCUAAUCUUAUUCCCUGGCUCCAGGAAUGAGCUUGUGAGCCAGCCCUGGACAAUCCUAGAAUUGUUCUCAGAGCCAUCAGGAAAAGAUUCUCUCUUUUGAUCCAGAGCUAGAAGGGCUACAUAAUGUUGGAACUGCCAGUGCCCAUCUUUUCUUACCACAUACAGGCAGCUAGCCGAGAACAAAGGCAGUGAAAAAGGAAACAGGCAAGAGAAUCAAGAGAAAUGUUAUGUGUUGUUCUUUAAUAACACAAGUCUAGCCUACCCUGGAUUCCAAUUAUGUGAGACAGAUUCCUACUACUGUUUGAUUAAACUGUUUAAGUCAGUUUCCUGACUUUCAAUUGAAAGAGUUCUCCCCAAGAAGCUAAAAGGUCCUAACACACCUAGCAAACAAUUCUAUUUUAACUCCAAGUCCAGUCUGGACAAUACAGUCAGACCCUCAUCUCUAAACAAUAAAUAAAUAAAUAUAUCUAAUAUUUAA